GAGUUCAACUCCUCGCCAUCGCAGAGCGCUGCUGGGAGGCUGGUUCGGCUGCGUGCGAAGGGGGAAAAGGAGGGAAAUAAAACAAAACAAAACAAAAAAGAAACCAGAAAAGGGAGCAAACCCGCAGCUACUUAAAACAAUUCUAAGAGGAGCGGAGCAAGAACGGCGUUGGAGACGGCGGGAAGCAGGAGCAGGCUGCGCGCUCCCGAGGCCCGGCGAGGAGGAAGGAUGAUAAACGUGGUGGCCGUGUGGCUGGUGGCCCUUUGCUUCCAGGCUGCUGUCCCGCAAACUACAAAUCUGAAUCUUCCCCCUGAAGACCUUGAUUCAUCUGGUGAUGAGGAUGAUGUUUUCUCAGGUUCAGGUGCAGGUCCCCUGACUGACCAGUCUCGCACCUGGAGAAUCCCAGGAGAAUCAACUAAUUCCUCAAUAGUGGCAGCACCAGUGGAUUUCAGUGAACAGCCGUUUCAUGGGAUUGAGAGCAGAACUGAAAAGGAAGUAAUAUCUCCUUCUGCAACCAGUAAUCCAGUGACAGAGGAACCAGUUGUAGCUGUGAAGGAUGAAGUAUCCAUCCUGGGCUCACCUGAUGGGAAACCAACAAGCCACGUAGUCACAACAACAGUGAGAAGUCCCACUGCUCACUUUCCUUCCGUGGUUCAUGUGACUCCUUCAGAAGCCUCUGCUGUGGUCCAUGAGCUUGAACCUAAAAUCCCCAGUUCUGAUGUGCCAGACACCAAGGACGUGCCUGAGCCCCACUCUACUGUUCAUGGUGAGGGAGACAUCGCUGCCACCCCCGCGGCCACAGCUCCAAGGGAUGUCGUUCCUACACAUGAGGAGGUUUCUGAAGAUGGCUCUGGAGACCCGGGAGACUUCAUCUUAACUAAAGACGAGGAAUUGUUCCCCACCCAGAACGCAGAAGUACUGGCUGACUCUGAGAGGAAUGCCAAAGCAGCAGGAGCCUCGGGAAUUAUGGACAGAAAAGAAGUUCUUGGAGGUGUAAUUGCUGGAGGACUUGUAGGCUUGGUGUUUGCAGUGUUUCUAGUUGCAUUUAUGCUGUACAGAAUGAAGAAAAAAGAUGAAGGCAGCUAUUCACUGGAUGAACCAAAACAGUCUAAUGGAGGAUACCAAAAACCACACAAACAAGAGGAAUUCUAUGCAUAAACACUGUUCUUCAGGACACUUCUUAUUCCAUCUUUCUUGGACUCUUCUCUCCCUGCACGUGGACCUCCUAGUGUGCUUUGCAUUAAACUUAAGCCAUAUGAUCAUUGGGUUAUUUGCCCUUACCACUUUGCCAUUGGAAUUUUUAUAACUACAAAGUAGAUCUGGAUUCAUUGAA